AUGGCCGACGAAUCCCUUUCCAUUUAUGACGAGAUCGAAAUCGAGGAUAUGACUUUCGACCCCGCACUCCAGAUCUACCACUAUCCUUGUCCAUGCGGCGACCGUUUCGAGAUCGCCAUCGAUGAUCUGCGUGAUGGAGAGGAUAUUGGAGUGUGUCCAAGCUGCAGUUUGAUGAUUCGCGUUAUUUUCGAUGUGGAUGAUCUCCCCAAACCCUGA